UUCUAAUGGUGCCAAAAAAUAUGCCAAUUAGUCCCACUUCGGGCGGGUCAACGGUCCCGUAGCCCGUAGGCCUGUCACGUGCGCGACACCCUUCCGCUCCCCCUCUCCAGCCGUCCGUCCACCACCCGCUUCGGCAGCUGUCCCUCCUCCGUCUUAGCCGCCCAAUCUCACUGGCAGCUCCUCUCCCCCCGCCAGCCUGACCACUUCUACUUCAACAUCCUUCAGCCCUCUCUCCUCCGAUCUCGCCUCAUCGUUAAGGAACUCAUUAACGCCGCUGAUGUUGAUGAGAUUUCGCUCGUCGACAACGCCACUACUGCGGCAGCCAUCGUUCUCCAGCAGAUCUCGUGGGCCUUCUCUCAGGGAACCUUUUCGAAGGGAGACGCGGUCGUCAUGCUCCACUAUGCCUACGGCUCCAUCAAGAAGUCCAUCCACGCGUACGUCUCUCGAGCGGGCGGCCAUGUUAUUGAGGUCCCCCUCCCUUUCCCAGUCUCCUCGGACGAAGAGAUCGUCGAGGAAUUCCGUAAGGCGUUAGCGUUUGGUAAAUCCAAUGGCCGCAGAGUCCGCCUUGCUGUUAUUGACCAUAUAACCUCCAUGCCCAGCGUCGUCAUCCCGGUCAAGGAGCUCACUAGGAUUUGUCGUGAAGAAGGCGUUGACCAGGUGUUUAUUGAUGGUGCCCACGCAAUUGGUAACGUUGAAAUUGAUGUGAAGGAUAUUGGGGCGGACUUUUACACCAGUAAUCUGCAUAAGUGGUUCUUCUGCCCUCCAGCAGUGGCCUUCUUGUAUUCUAGAAAAUGCCCGGCUUCAGCUGAACUACACCAUCCGGUUGUUUCUGACCGUUAUGGAAGAGGCCUUCCUCUUGAGAGUGGUUGGAUUGGCACACGGGAUUACAGUGCUCAGCUGGUCGUGCCAUCAGCUGUCGAGUUUGUGAAUAGAUUUGAAGGUGGAGUUGAUGGAAUACGGAAAAGUAAUCAUGAGAAGGCUGUGGAGAUGGGAAAGAUGUUGGCUGAAGCAUGGGGAACACAUAUUGGAUCACCGCCGGAGAUGUCCUGUAGUUUGAUCAUGGUUGGGAUGCCUGGAGGUUUAGGAGUUUCAAGUAGUGAUGAUGCUUUGAAGCUUCGGACUCACUUGAGGGAUAAAUUCCAAGUUGAGGUUCCCAUUUACUAUAAUCCUCCAAAGGAUUUUGAGGAGGCAAAAGAUGCUGGUAGCCUGGUUACAGGGUAUGCUAGGAUUUCUCACCAGAUUUAUAAUACAGUGGAGGACUAUUAUAGGCUCAGAGAUGCAAUUAACAAGCUUGUCUUUGACGGUUUUACAUGUAGGAUGCUUUCUUCGUGAGAAAUUUGAGUUAUUCGGAGUAGAAGGAUGUGUUUUCGGAAUCAUGAUCCGGAGUUGCAACUCGUAGCAUCUGUUGUUGUAUCUUGUCGCUCGCUCUUGUGACAAUAUGCCAACUUGUUUCCAUUUCAUUCUUAACACCUGUAGUUGCUUACAGCUUCGGCGAGCUGUUAAACAUUACACUUUUGCAGCAAUUUUUGAAUAAAUUGGCCCCAUCCUGCAAAUAUUUGAUGUUUUCAGGUCCCAUAAUGGGAUCGUUUGUUCCCUUUGUAUAAAUCCAAGCACUGAUGGAAUUUAGAACUGUUAGGAAUGUGCUGAGAUAAUGUAUUGGCAGGGCCUUUGUUAACAAGCUUGAGUUCAAAUUUCUGACUUGAAUGGCAAAUUGUGUUUUUAAUGUUUUGAGCA